GACAUUAGCGCUCGGCAGAGGACAAAACAUGUUGGCCAGGGCUCAAGUCGCGAAAUUGACCAGAGCCCAUAUCUCGCAUAGGCGGUAUUUUGGGCCUGUAUCUAGUGCCGUCUACUAAGGUUCACCUGUAUAUGUCAUCCGGACAGCGUAAGGCGAAUUCCAGUAAGUCCUGGCGAGCGCGAACAUUUAGCAUUUCGACUUCGGCUCCCGCGCGAGUUUAUGCCCGGAAAUCAUUCAGGGACCUUAUUAUAUGUCAUAUGAUAACAUUUCGGCAGUCUAGGGCAUUGGACACACGCAGUCCCUAGGGACUUGCCGGAGUGGUACCCGCGUGAGGACAGGGCCCUGGCAGAGAAGGCUGGGGCCCCAGUCGUCCACACCACAUCUUUAGAUAGAUACAAUGUCUGAGGCCCAAAUCCUGACAUAAUCUGUCAAUAUCUUCUUUCCCGGCGCGGGUAGACUUGACUUUAUACAGCGAUGCAGGUUUGGGCCGAAACCUUGCCAGUUUCAUGGCGGAGUCUAAUGGGCCCACCACACAAUGUCCAGUACUUGUUAUAAUCACGAGAACGCUUGCCUGUAUGCCCCCACGCGCGCGAACACCAGCUGCUUAGUGAAAUACCCUUACCACUCUGAGAACAUGAGCUGUUAAGAUGCAGUGCAUUCAUUGACAUACGGGCAUCUUGUCGAUGGCUUGAGCACCGGGAACCUGCGCAAUUCAGCAAUCUAAAACAUUUGCGCUCGGGAUCUCCCUGACAAAGCUCCUGCUGAUCGGCCGUGACUUCUGCGGGCGCCAUGCGCCCACGACUGAGCUGCAGGAAACUGUGGCCGUCAGGCUCUGGCAAGCGCUGUAUACCGUGGUCUAUACCGUGGUCCACGCUCCUGCUAUUCCUGGUGUCCCUUCCCGCAAGUGCAGUGCGUCCGCCGCCACGUGAACAGCCGAUGGUGCAGUAUUUCAUGAACUUUGGCAAGUGCACUCGACAGCAGCAGGAGUACGGCACAUGGUUGUUGUACUUCAACAUGACAGAGCAGCGGCUGGCUGGGCAUGACAAACUGGUAUUCUGGUUGGAUACCCGCGGCAUGAGCCCCGUCAACACCACCUCGUUCGGUGACGUGCAGCCGGCCACCUUCCCCAUCCGCCAGGUCAACUUUGCUUAUUUCAAUGCCACACUCGGUGUGCAAAGGUGGUCGCCCGAGCUGGAUCGCACGCCCUACCGCGAGACCAGCUCCUGGUACCGGAUCCAGGUGGACGGCAAGCGCAUUUCUACAAUAAAGGAUCUCAAGGACAGCGGCAGAAAUACGCGCACAAGUUCGAUCUAUUCCCUGAAAGGCACGCUAAAUGGAGCAAUCAAGCCAGCGAAGGAGCGCUACAAGAUUGAAAUCCUGAAGUCCUGCUCUACAGCGAUUGGCUGUGUCACCAUACCUGACCCCGCGAAGGUGUUUGUGAACGCGGCCGGUCAUGUUGCGUACGCGUUUUGGAACGUGGGGCAGUCACUAACAGUGAAUGGGGUGCAGGUUAAGGACCACGCAUGGUGCCCUGUGCAGACGGCCAUUGUUGUGCGAUAACAAGCCAAGGGUGCAUUCCUGACCGUGCCUGUUGCAGUGGAGUACGCUUGUUUGCUUGGCGCGCCAGCCAUUGAGGGAUGUCGAUAACGGGCAAGCUCAGGCGAGUAGAUUACAUGCAGCGUAAGAAGUGGAGGGCGCAGGCAACCUGGUUACGCCUGGUUCGCGUAGUCGGACCGUGGUUGCGCUGUUACGUGCUGGGGCACUGAGGCGCACGGACCCGCCUUGACAGUUGUUGAACGUCCAGGCAAGGAGCUUGAGGACGUCCGCUUGCGAUCCGCGCCCUGGGCACCCACAGCAAAUGGUGUGAAUGAGAGCUUGGUGAUGUGAUUACUUGAAGCACUACGGUAAUGAGCUCUAGUGCUUAUGUGCUCUAGGAGAGAAAUUCUUUCACCUUUCGGCGGACGGGCAGCUAUCCACAACACUUGCUGGUGCAUAUUGUGUGCGAUGGGACAGUGUUGAGGCAGGUGUGGCACCAGCAUUGUGACUUCGUGAUACGGGUAUGCUGCGUGCAGAAACCUUAUCUUACUGUACCCACGCUAGAUUUGUCUGGCAGUCGGCUGCAGCGGCAAGGGUGUUGAGAGGUUUUCCUUGCUGUCUGGUUGGCCUGCUGCCUGCUGCACUAGUGCUUGAUAGCUGGGCGCGACUGGGCACAUAUGGCGGGCGGUGCCUGUACAAACCGACCCCGGCUAUGUCCGGGAGAUGAGGCUAGUAUCGGAACCUUCGGCCUCAGACGGAGGACGUGGCGUGGCGGCACAGACCACUUUUCCCUUGCAAGGGAUAGCCACCUUUUCUUGUCUUGUCUGAGAGGUUAAAAUUUUUUGACAUUAUUACAUUUUGCUAAAGUCUUUACCUUAGGAGGUAAUGAGCUAAUGUAAUAAACUGUUUCC